AAUCGCCACGUGGGCGCAUCGAGCCUCGUUGUCUCCUCCUUUGCGUCCCCACGCGUCGCUCCUCGCCGUUCUCCUUCCUCCUCCUCCCUCCUCGGAUCUCCCCGCUCCAAGCUCACAACCCCCACCAUUAAUGGCGGCGCUCGGAGCCCUGGGCUACUACUCCCAAAGCAACUCCCCCUCAUGGUGGAAGGAGAUCGACGCCUCCGAGGAGUGGCAACGCGGCAUCUGCUUCGCACUCUCCGCCUCUUACGCCCUCGUCUCCCUUGUCGCCCUGGUGCAACUCAUUCGGAUACAACUGAGAGUACCAGAGUACGGAUGGACAACACAGAAGCUCUUCCACUUAAUGAAUUUUGCUGUCAAUGGAUUGCGUGCAAUUCUAUUUGGCUUCUACCAUUCGGUUUUCCUUCUCAAGUCAAGAGCCCUGGAGAUGGCACUUCUUGAUCUUCCUGGUUUGCUGUUCUUCUCAACCUACACUUUGCUAGUCUUGUUUUGGGCAGAGAUAUAUUAUCAGGCUCGAAGCCUCCCAAUCCAUAAACUGAGACCAGCAUAUCUUAUCAUCAAUGGGGUUGUAUACACCACACAGAUUUGCAUUUGGAUCUAUGUGCAACUUUCUUCUAGGCCUGUUGCUGUGGAGGUUGCUAAGCUUUUCUUAGCAGUUGUCUCAUUUUUUGCUGCUUUAGGAUUCUUGAUAUAUGGUGGAAGGUUGUUCUUCAUGCUGAGGCGCUUCCCGAUUGAAUCUAAGGGUCGGCGUAAGAAGCUAAAUGAGGUUGGUUUUGUAACUGCAAUAUGCUGCACAUGUUUUCUUACACGCUGUUUUGUGGUCGGCCUUUCUGCAUUUGACAAGGAUGCCGACGUUGAUGUCCUCGAUCAUCCUGUGCUAAAUUUGAUCUAUUACAUGUUAGUUGAAAUUCUGCCGUCAGCCCUUGUCCUUUUCAUACUUCGUAAGCUGCCGCCAAAGCGAGUUUCAGAUCAGUAUCACCCUAUCAACUAGUAGCUCAGUCAUGAUAGUACGAAAAUUUUCGUGAACACCGAGCCACAGUUGCUCUGCUUCAGGGAGGAACUACAACGAAAUUUUCUCCUCUCCUUUUUCUUUUUCUUCUCUCUCUCUCUCUCUCUCUCUCUUUGGUUUCUUUUAUCUAGUGAUGGGAUUACUGUAGGCCUACCGAUAGUGUAGCUAGUUGCCGAGUACUCACGCUUGUAUUGAGUUUUGCGUGGAUAAUAACAUGAAACUAACUGUUUCAAAUAUAUGUGCCUGUUUUAUUAUAUGUU